AUGUCGGGAGGAUACGCUCCUUUGGCCCUCACAGAGGAGGAUGUUAUGAAGCUUUUGGCCACCCAGGCCCAUCUUGGAUCAUCCAAUGUUAACUUCCAGAUGCAGCAAUACGUCUACAAGAGACGUUAUGAUGGACCAGCCAUCAUUAAUAUCACCAAAACCUGGGAAAAGCUUCUUCUCGCUGCUCGCGCUAUCGCCGCUGUUGAGAACCCAGCUGAUGUUGUUGUUGUCUCCGCCAGACCAUACUCCCAGCGUGCUCUCCUCAAGUUCGCUGCCCACACUGGAGCGACCGCUAUCUUCGGACGUUUCUCUCCUGGUUGCUUGACCAAUCAGAUCCAAAAGACCUUCAAGGAGCCAAGACUCUUGGUCAUUUCUGACCCAAGAAUCGAUCACCAGGCUGUUACUGAGGCUUCGUACGUUGGAGUUCCGGUUAUCUCCUUCGUCAACACCGAGUCUCCACUCAAGCUUGUCGACAUCGGAAUCCCAUGCAACAACAAGGGAGAGAAGUCGAUCGGACUUAUGUGGUGGUUCCUCGCUCGUGAGAUCCUCAUCCUCCGCGGAAAGAUCUCCAGACAAACUGGAUUCGUUCUUGACGGAAAGGAAAUCAUGCCGGAUCUCUACUUCUACCGUGACCCAUCUGACACCGAGAAGGAAGAGAACGGAGCCCUCCCAGAACAAACUGAGGCUUCUGAAUUCCAACCAUCCCCAGACAUAGAUUUCACCCAAAACGUUACCAAGGUUGACGAUUGGGCGGCUGAGACUGCUACUUGGAGCGCUUCGGGAGCCAAGCCAGAGGGUGAAUGGACCACUCCAUCCGCUGAGAAAUCGUGGUAA